UUAAAAAAUGUACGAUGCAAAUUCAUAGAAAAAUCAGCUAAAAAAUCAUGAUCAUACAUCGAAUCCAUGAUCCUAUAUUAUAUACGCAAUAUCUUUAAAUUUAAAAAAUGGAAGAUAUUGUUAUUUAUUGGCAUUUGUACCCUGGUUUUAAAAAUAAAUAUUAUACAAAGCUUGUACCCUUCUGUAACACAAUUGACAGAACAACAUAAAUGUCCAGCAUGUUAUGGGGUUUCUAUGUGUCGUGAUAUUCAUAAAAUAAAUCUCUUGUGGCAUGAUAUUAAUGCAAUAAUUUCUCACUUAUUUGGGGUUAAAAAUGUGUUCUUUGCAACAUAUAAUCAAAGAAAGGUAGUGCUGAAGAAAUUGGCACAAUCUUUUGAAUUAAAAGCAUUUGACAUUACAUUGUGUAAAAAACUCCAGCUGGAAUAUCCUUGUACAAAUGUUCUAUUGGAUAGAUAUGUAGCAGAUUUUUAUAAUUAUAUCAAAGAAACAAUUACUCUUGAUUUUUCUAAAGAUGAUUCCAGCCGUUUGAGACUUUGCCCAACAUUACAACAUUUGGAUGAUUUGUUUUACAAUAUUUAUCUUAACAAUAAAUAUAUUGAUCCUACACAAUACUUAAUUAAUCUGUGGACAUUGGUUUCUUUAAAUCCAGAGCCAUUAAUUCUUCAGAUAUUAUCUGCGGAAAAUGGAUGGCCAGUGCCAAAAUAUUUUGGAGCAUGUGGCCGAAUUAUUAUUGAAGAAUAUAUUGGUCUACCACUUUCUGAUUAUUAUGAUAAAUCUUGGAUUCAAAGAGCAAAAAUAGCAUCAAGUCUUUUAAAUGCUGCUCAUAUGUUUACUUUCAAAAAUAAAAAAUUCGGUUUUUAUGUAACAGAUGUAUCAGCCGAUAAUAUUGCUGUUGAUUAUAAUAAUGUAGCUAAAUUUAUUGAUUUAGAAAAUAUAAUUGUUGUUGACAAGAAUAUUUCUCAAAAAGAUAUACCGGAAGAAUGGCACGAAUUACAAAAAAACAUGAUGCAUUUUGAUUGUUCUAAUUGUUUUGCAUUUUCCGCCGAAGAUAUUUGUAAUCAUCAUCUAAGCGAUCAUAAUUAUUAUGCAAUCUGUCAGCUUUUAUUAGAUUCAACAAGUAAAAAUUUAUUUCCUGGCGGAUUUCUUCACGAUAUACCUGUUAAUUUUCAAUGGCGAUACCCAAAUAUUGAAUAUCUAUUACAACAAUGUGCCAUUCCUAAUUCUACCGAUUCAAGAAUAUUUUUCGGCCAGCAACUCAAGGCAUCAUUGGAUGCAAUUGUAGAAGAAUCAUCUCAAUACAAAAAUAGUGAAAUAAAAUAACUCAAACAAUAUUAGCUUAAAUCAUAUAAUACAAAUCAAAUACAAUUUUAUAUAAUUCUUGUUA